GAGCUCUUUGCUUAAUAGCCGACCCCAGCCGAGCCUGACAAAUCUCUUUCCCAGCGUUCGGUUGCGCUCACCUGCAGCCCUCUCUGCCUCUGCGCCCCUCUCCGCUCCUGGUGUCCGGGACCUGCCAGCCUUUCCCCUCUCAAGUCCCUCACUUUCUCGCUCUUCCCUUCCCAUCUCCUGCUACAAAUGAAACUGGCGGCGAUGAUCAAGAAGAUGUGCCCCAGCGAGUCGGAGCUGAACAUCCCGGCCAAAAACUGCUACCGGAUGGUCAUCCUGGGCUCUUCCAAGGUGGGCAAGACAGCCAUCGUGUCGCGCUUCCUAACGGGCCGCUUCGAGGACACUUACACGCCCACGAUUGAGGACUUCCACCGAAAGUUCUACUCCAUCCGCGGGGAAGUCUAUCAGCUGGACAUCCUCGACACAUCGGGCAACCACCCCUUUCCUGCUAUUCGGCGCCUCUCCAUCCUCACAGGAGAUGUCUUUAUCCUGGUCUUCAGCCUGGAUAACCGAGACUCCUUCGAAGAGGUACAACGCCUUAAGCAGCAGAUUCUAGACACGAAGUCUUGCCUGAAGAACAAGACCAAGCAGAACAUUGAAGUGCCCCUGGUCAUCUGUGGCAACAAAGGGGACAGGGAUUUUUACAGAGAGGUGGAGCCCAGGGAGAUAGAACAGCUGGUUGGAGAUGACCCUCAGCACUGUGCCUACUUUGAAAUCUCUGCAAAGAAGAACAGCAGCCUGGACCAGAUGUUCCAGGCCCUCUUCACCAUGGCCAAACUGCCCAGUGAAAUGAGCCCAGACCUCCACCGAAAGGUCUCAAUACAGUACUGUGACAUAUUGCACAAGAAGGCUCUGAAGAACAAGAAACUCUUGAAAGAGGGUAGUGGAGGUGGGUCAGGAGAGGCCUAUGGUAUCCUGGCUCCCUUUGCCCGAAGGCCCAGUGUCCACAGUGACCUCAUGUACAUCCGGGAAAAAGCCAUUGGAGGUAGCCAGGCCAAGGACAAAGAGCGCUGUGUCAUCAGCUAGGAGCCACCCACUCCUUUUACUAAGCUAAUAACUAAAACAAAAAAGAUUUUUUUUUGUUUAAGAAAAAAGUAAGAUGUUCUGGCUGACCCUAACCCCGGUGGCAUGGGCUCCAGGCUGGCAUCUGCCCUCCAAGUCAGCUUCCCUAGGG